UCUGGCUCUCCCGGCCCCUCAAAGUUCUUCCCAACUUUUCCUCCGCCCAGCGAGCGCCGCGGGCGCAGUGCCGGGGGCAGGUUGCUGCGCUCUUCGGGGCUCAGUCGCCUCCUCUCCUGGGCAGGUCCUCGAGGGCGCAGCAGGCAUUAAGUGGCCGCUGGCGGUCCUUUUCUCCCUCACCCAUCCUCCCCGGCCUCUUCGCUCCGGGCCCCCUCGAGCAGGACACCCCGGUGCUCUGGUCCUUCUCUCUUUCUCCUUCCCCGGUGCGCCCCGGCGCCGACUCUCGCGCCGGGAUCGCGGCGGAAACCUCCCUCCCCUUUCGCCUCCAGCGGCUGCUUCCCUCGCCCCUCCUCCGCCUGCCACUGGAAUCGACUCCGUGGGGAAUCGGGGCUCCGCGGCGGCGGACAGUCGUGAGGCGCGGGACUGUGGACACCGCGCGGACCAUGUAAGCAGCUGUCUUUCAGAGGGCCACGCCGGGCAUGGACACCUUUUUCCAUACCUGCAGGAGCACAGGUGUUAGUGUGACUGCCCAGUCACGAAACUGCUAAGGCCCCCUCAGGGGCGUGUGUGCCAGGAGAGGAGGGCAGAGCACCAGGGCUCCAGAGCCAUGCCUUUCGGUCUGAAACUUCGCCGCACACGGCGCUACAAUGUCCUGAGCAAGAACUGCUUUGUCACCCGGAUCCGUCUGUUGGACAGCAAUGUCAUCGAGUGCACCCUGUCAGUGGAAAGCACAGGGCAGGAGUGCCUGGAGGCGGUGGCCCAGAGGCUGGAGCUGCGAGAGACACACUACUUUGGCCUUUGGUUUCUCAGCAAGAGCCAGCAAGCAAGAUGGGUGGAGUUGGAGAAACCUCUGAAGAAACAUCUGGACAAAUUUGCUAAUGAGCCUCUGCUUUUCUUCGGAGUCAUGUUUUAUGUGCCAAAUGUGUCAUGGCUUCAGCAAGAGGCCACAAGAUAUCAGUAUUACCUGCAAGUGAAAAAAGAUGUGCUAGAAGGGCGAUUACGGUGCACGCUUGAACAGGUGAUCCGGCUGGCCGGCUUAGCUGUACAAGCUGAUUUUGGAGAUUAUAAUCAGUUUGACUCUCAAGAAUUCCUCCGAGAAUAUGUGCUGUUUCCAAUGGAUUUGGCCCUUGAAGAGGCUGUUCUGGAGGAGCUGACCCAGAAGGUGGCCCAAGAACAUAAAGCCCAUAGUGGAAUCCCGCCAGCAGAAGCUGAACUAAUGUACAUCAAUGAAGUGGAACGUUUGGAUGGAUUCGGACAGGAAAUCUUCCCUGUGAAGGACAAUCAUGGAAACUGUAUGCACCUUGGCAUUUUCUUUAUGGGGAUUUUUGCAAGAAACAGAAUUGGAAGACAAGCAGUAAUAUACAGGUGGAAUGAGAUCGGGAACAUCACUCACAACAAGGCGGCCAUUCUGGUUGAGCUCACUGACAAGGAGGAGACAGUGCUCUUCCACACGGAUGAUAUUGAAAAUGCCAAGUAUAUUUCUCGGUUAUUUACAACACGGCACAAGUUUUACAAACAAAACAAAAUCUGCACGGAACAAUCAAAUUCUCCACCUCCCAUCAGACGCCAGCCCACCUGGAGCCGGUCCUCCCUGCCGAGGCAGCAGCCGUACAUCUUGCCUCCCAUGCACGUCCAGUGUGGCGAGCACUACUCGGAAACGCACACUUCACAAGACAGCAUUUUCCAUGGGAACGAGGAAGUCUUGUAUCGCAAUUCUCACAACAGCCUGGACCUAAAUUACUUGAAUGGCACCGUCACCAAUGGCAGUGUGUGUAGCGUUCACAGCAUCAACUCCCUCAGCUGCUCCCAAAGCUUCAUCCAGGCUUCUCCUGUAUCCUCCAACCUCAGCAUCCCUGGGAGUGAUGUCAUGCGGGCUGACUACAUCCCUAGCCACCGGCAUAGCGCAAUCAUCGUUCCGUCUUACAGGCCAACCCCCGAUUAUGAGACAGUCAUGCGGCAGCUGAAGAGGGGGAUGAUGCAUGCGGACAGCCAGAGCCAGUCUCUGCGGAACCUCAACAUCAUCAACACCCACGCCUACAACCAGCCAGAGGACCUGGUGUACAGCCAGCCCGAGAUGCGGGACAGACACCACUACACCGUCCCAUAUGGGCCACAGGGGGGCUAUAGUCACAAACUUGUUAGUCCAUCUGACCAGAUGAACCCAAAGAAUAGUACUGUGCCCAGCAAGCCAGGGGCAAGUUCCAUCUCACACACAGUGAGCACCCCUGAGUUGGCCAACAUGCAGCUGCAAGGCACCCAUAACUACAAUGCAGCCCAUAUGCUCAAGAACUAUCUCUUCAGACCGCCGCCCCCCUACCCACGGCCCCGCCCUGCCACCAGCACCCCAGACCUUGCCAGUCAUCGCCACAAGUAUGUCAGUGGCAGCAGCCCGGACCUGGUGACCCGGAAGGUGCAGCUGUCUGUGAAGACCUUCCAGGAAGACAGCUCUCCAGUGGUGCAUCAGUCUCUCCAGGAGGUGAGCGAGCCCCUCACAGCCACCAAGCACCAUGGCACAGUGAACAAGCGCCACAGCCUGGAGGUGAUGAACAGCAUGGUGCGUGGCAUGGAAGCCAUGACACUCAAGUCACUGCACAUCCCCAUGGUCCGCCGUAACACGUUCCGGGAGCAGGGGCCGCCAGAGGAAGACCCAGGGGCCCACGAGGUCCACCAGCUCCCACAGUAUCACCACAAGAAGACCUUCUCUGAUGCCACCAUGCUGAUCCACAGCAGCGAGAGCGAGGAGGAGGAGGAGGCUCCGGAGGCCGUGCCCCAGAUCCCUGUGCUGCGGGAGAAGAUGGAGUACAGCGCCCAGCUGCAGGCAGCCCUCGCCCGGAUUCCAAACAAGCCCCCACCCGAGUACCCUGGACCAAGGAAAAGUGUCAGCAAUGGGGCCCUGAGGCAUGACCAGGGGAACCUCCCUACCGCCAUCGCCAGGGCCAGGGUGCUGAGGCACGGGCCGGCUAAGGCCCUCAGUGUCUCCCGAACCGACCAGUUGGCCAUCAACGGGUCCUCUCUUGGUCCCUCCAUCUCCGAGCCUGACCUGACCAGCGUGAAGGAACGGGUCAAAAAAGAGCCUGUGAAGGAGAGGCCUGUGUCUGAGAUGUUUUCCCUGGAGGAUAGUAUCAUAGAGAGAGAGAUGAUGAUUAGGAAUCUAGAGAAGCAGAAGAUGGCAGGCCUGGAGGCACAGAAGAGGCCCCUGAUGUUGGCAGCAUUGAAUGGGCUCUCAGUGGCUCGGGUCUCUGGGCGGGAAGAAAGUCGACAUGAUGCCACCCGAGUUCCCAUGGAUGAGAGGUUCAGAACCCUGAAGAAGAAGUUAGAAGAGGGAAUGGUGUUCACAGAGUACGAGCAAAUUCCAAAGAAAAAGGCAAAUGGUAUUUUCAGCACCGCAGCUCUACCAGAAAAUGCUGAGCGCAGCAGAAUCCGAGAAGUCGUCCCUUACGAGGAGAACCGAGUGGAGCUAAUCCCAACCAAAGAAAACAACACAGGCUACAUCAAUGCCUCGCACAUCAAGGUGGUGGUUGGUGGGGCAGAAUGGCACUACAUUGCAACUCAGGGACCUCUGCCACACACAUGCCACGACUUCUGGCAAAUGGUAUGGGAGCAGGGAGUGAACGUCAUCGCCAUGGUCACUGCAGAGGAGGAGGGCGGAAGGACCAAAAGCCACCGAUAUUGGCCCAAACUGGGGUCCAAGCACAGCUCUGCCACCUAUGGCAAGUUCAAGGUCACCACAAAGUUCCGAACAGAUUCUGGUUGCUAUGCAACCACAGGCUUGAAGGUCAAGCACCUUUUGUCUGGGCAAGAAAGGACAGUGUGGCAUUUGCAAUAUACUGACUGGCCGGAUCAUGGCUGCCCAGAGGAUGUCCAAGGAUUUUUAUCCUACUUGGAGGAGAUCCAGUCGGUCCGCCGCCAUACGAACAGCAUGCUGGAAGGGACUAAGACCCAUCGGCACCCUCCCAUUGUCGUCCACUGCAGUGCAGGGGUGGGAAGGACCGGCGUGGUCAUUCUCUCUGAGCUCAUGAUCUACUGCCUGGAGCAUAAUGAAAAGGUGGAAGUACCCAUGAUGCUGAGGCUCCUCAGGGAGCAAAGGAUGUUCAUGAUCCAGACCAUCGCUCAGUACAAGUUUGUCUACCAAGUCCUUAUCCAGUUCCUCCAAAACUCCAGACUCAUUUAAUCUGCCAAGUCCAGCUCCUGGAGGAUGGGCCCGGCUCCAUCCUGUAGGUGGAAAGUCACCUCCAGACAACAUCUGCUCUCCCCACUGGGGUGUGGAUGGCUGGCAGCAGGCUCUGCAGACAGGAGCCAAAGUUACCUACAAACAUCAUGUAUUAUUUUAUACGAGAUAAUUUAUUUUUCCCCCUUUGGAAUAACUUUUGUGAAUUAUUAUAAUGCGGUUUUCACAAUACAGUACUUUUCAUUUGAACCACAUUUGACUGAUCUGCAUUGUAACAUGUUAGUAGGGAAGGUUGCCUACUGACAGGGACAGGAGCAUAAAGGGACAUCUCUAGUGAAGUUGAAGCCAGAUUGGUAAUGCACCCUGAAAUUCAUUCUUUAAUGCUCAUGUCCAAAUCAAAGAUGGCAAGAAAAAGGAUCCAUCUUGAAAUAUAAAGAAAAGACCCUUUUCUAAAGGAGAGAGGAAUGUUUUAUUAGUGGACUCAUGAGUCUUGAUGGACAGUUGCUUUCUUCUCUUUAUUUCUGCCCUCAUCCUCAGUAAUCUCUUCUCCCACCCCACUAUGUCUUCCUAAGCUUGAGUUAAAGAUGGGGUCACUUAGAGAACAUGCUCCUUUCUGGGCAGCAAUGAUAUCAUUUGGGCCAAAUGAGGAGCUCUGUAUUACGUCUUCCUUCACCACCCCAUAUUCUGAGCUACCCUGCUGGGGACUGCACCCAGGGAAUCUGCUUGCUUCUCCUUAUUGUCCCAGUCUGGUGGCUUUAAGACCCUGAGCCAGGCCAUCUGUGCAACUCAGCCUCUUGCCUGAUUAAGAGAGGAUGUAGAUCAGAGUAGAAAGGGAACAGAGAAGGGCAGGGUCUUGAUACUGUUUCUUAUUUAAAUAUGAUAUGUGCACUGGAUAGGGACCUAUAGGGUGAAGCUUUGAGUGUGUUCCAUUUUUCUAUCACUAAUUCAUUAGAAGGGUUAUAAAGGACACAUUUGGGAAAGCUAGUUUCUGAGAGAUGUUUGGUACUUCACUUAGGUAGCAGGGCCCUGGCUAGGAGUCACACAAGUGUGGCCCUUCCUACAUAUACACACUGUACGAGUACCAUCCCCAGGCUUUGGCCUAUGAGAGCAGAGUUGAUCCCUCUCAAGACCCUCUAGUCUUCUUUUGGUGAAAUCUUGCCUCUCUUGAUGAAAAAUGGAGCUUGUUUUUCACAAAGUCCACCAUGGCUUUCCUUUCUUUACAUACCCACUCUCUGGUCAGUUAUGAUGUUAACUAUUUGUAGCUCAGUGCUUAGUUUCUUCUGACUUCUUUGGCUGGUGUCCUGAAUUUCUUGAUUUAGUACACACAGUAUCAUGUUCCACACAGUUUUCCUCUUCCUGAAUUUUUGGGGAUCUUCCUUUUUACAUCUAGUUUUUCCUGAACACAAUUUUUAAUUGUGGUUUUGUUCUUAGAAUAGACCAUGGCAGGUCUUCUAUACAUUUUUCCCUCCAUUACUUGUUGGUUUUUGUUGUUUGUUUUGGGAUUCUUUUUUUUUUUAAAAAAGACAAAAAAUGGCAUCAUAUCAACCAGAAAGAUCAUACCUUUGUGACUUCAUGUCACCACUUAUCAACAGAUGCCUAGGAAAGCAGAUUCCCCAUCAACUCUCUUGGCAGAUGAACCAACCCAGCUUUACUUCUGGACAAGCAUCGUGAUGGUAGUCCUACAGGUUUAAACUCAGAUUAUCUGGAGAUGAAGCACUCCCUCUUUCUCUUCUACUCCAAGGUCUAAAGAAUCGAUCAAGGAGUAUAACUUCAACUGAGCUUUGUAAAAACUGAAUUUUUGACAUAUAUUCUGAAACAAAAACCACUAGUAUCACAUGUAUUUUCAGUGGCACAGGCAAAGGCACCUAUCAUUCCUUAGAGAUUAUUCAUCCUUAGGAUAUUCUAACAGUUGGUCUCAGUUACUGGCUUAUAAUAUGCUAAAGAAUGUCAAUAUUUUUCUUUUGUCUCUAAGCCCUAGGUAGGCACAGCUAAAAUGUCUCAUGUGGGCAGCUUGUAGAUCUAAUGUUUUUUUGAGCUCAUCACUCAUGGGCUUUGUUUAAACUCAUCCACUGUUCUUACCUUAUGGUUCCAUAAUUAAUUACCAGCACAUGGUGCAGGGAGGAAGUAGGUUUAAUACCCAAUUUCCUAGCCAACAUUUAUAUUGAAACCCAAAGGAAAACAUUUAGAAGUUAUUCCACAUAGUUCAUUUUUAAAAACAAAUGCUUUUGGUUCUCUAGCACAUUUUGGAUUCCUUUUCACAUCUCCAGUAAAUGCCAGUGCAUCUCCUGUUAAAUUAGCAGCAGCCAUUUAAAGUCCUUUUAGUGGCAUCUGCAUAAUAAUUGCCUAGAGAUGUUUUAUAUCUGGGAAGCAAGCCAAGGAAUAAACCUUGAAGCAAAGUGUACUAAAUUAGUUAUCUAGUUAGAGCUUUUGGAAUGAUUUCCUGAUGGUGUAUCAAGUCUAAAGCUAGAGCUGUCAGGGUCUAUUGCUGCCAUUUGGAUUUGAAGAGAGAAAAUUAAAAAUGGAGGAAAUAAAAGAUCCCAUCUCACAACAAAGCCGACAGCCAUUUCCCAGCCUCCGGUUUUGAAGUGUUCUGGUUGAAAUGUUUUGUUUCUUUCAUUUACACAUGUCUGAAUGUGUUGACUCAAAGUGUUCAUCCUCAUCCACUGUAGGCUGUGGAUCCUGGUGGCUAAAUUUGGUGUUUUCACCCUUGAGAGGAGAUGAGAUGAGGUAGGCUUGGAGUAAACCCAUUUCCAGGUAACCGUCACAUCAAUACACAGCUCUUGCCGUAGAUAGGAAGUAAAGGAGGAUCUAGCAGCAUUUAGAGAAGGGUGUCAAAUGUUGAUUGACUUAGAGGAGUGAAAAAUGAGUCCUCUACUCAUUUGGAAGUAAGGCACAAAAUCAGGGAAGGUGAAAUCAUGUCCACAUGGAUCAUACAGAGUAGUAAGCUUUCUAGUAACUUAAAUUGAGAGAAAUUUACUUCUGCAACUUUUAUAGUUGUACGUUGAGGGGGAACUCUUUUUCACUUAUAAUUGAAACUUUUUCUGCCCGAGUCACAUGGCUAUCUCUGACUCCCUCCUCUAUCAACCUGGAUCAAAGGUCUUAAGAGACUGCUGAAGAUGGCUUUGUGGGGAGUACACCACUGGCUCAUACUCACUUAACCUUUAUCCUGGCCUUCUCUCAGCUUUUUCUUGUAGUUAUAAACCCCAAUGGGCACAGUAGGUCAGCAUGUUUAUCCAGCUAACUACUUUUAUCAUCUUUUCUAGUUUGAUACCAGUUGACCCAUGUGGAAUUUCCAAUAAUUGAGCAAAUUUUCUGUGGAUACAGAAACUUCAUGGGAAUCAACCUAAUCCAAUUUCUUCCCACCAUACAGUAAGGAUUACAGUACUGUGUCUUUUCUCUAAGUGAGAGCUAAUGGGCAUUGACAUGUGUGCAAUGGGCUGCCUAGCUCUUUGUGAACUUGCUGCCUUAUUAUUUGUGAUGCUUAUCCUGUCCGGUCAGUGGCCAUCUCCUAGGGCUUGGAAGUCACUCUUUGCAAAAGUAAAGGUGCACUGUUGAUUCUGAUAGGCACAUCAUUGGGAUUUUUAGCAGUUGUCCUUUCUGGAUGUAUUAACUAUUGGCCUUUAUUUGCUGUCAUAAAACAUCAUCUGUGGGUCCCAGUGGUGUCUUUAGUUAAAAAGCCUUUUACUUUUCCCCAUAUCCAAUGGUGGGGUUGAUAGGAAAAGCAAGUACAGUUACUUAUUUUCAUUUGCAUCACUUGAGGUAAAGGCAUCCUAGAAUGUGUGCCACGGAGCAUAAAUUCAAGAAAUGUGAUUGGCUCAUAUCCAUGUUCAUAUUAAUUUAUUUUUCAUUCCUCCUCAGUGUCAGAAAUAACCAUAAUGGGCUGUUUAGUGCAAGAAUUGCCAAGUUAUCACUGUUGGACUCUUAAGGUGGUCUUUGCAGGAAUUCGGCUUCCUCGUUUUACCAAUCAUACUUCUGCUGCUCAGCCUCAUUUGAUUGCCAGUGUUUCUGUUAGCUAUCCAGCAUGCUAUUUAUCAAUUUCUUUCCAUGAGCAGAGUAGCAACUCAUCCAACUCUUUCAAAUGGCAAAAUUUGGAUCUUCAUGAAAAUUCCACAAAAUUUCCAGUGGCCUACAACUUGGUGGGUGGCAAACUAAUUGGCUCUGAAGGGUGGAAAUGAGCUUAGCUGGACCCAUAGGGUGGUCUCUAAGCAAGGAAGCAGAAUGGUUCUUGUCACCUCAGCUUCUAAGUCAUUUUGAAGCAGAACAGCUUAGUGAUGCAUCUGUUAAAACUAACAGCAACAUGCCUGGGAGAAGUGUGAGUGUGUAUUCAACUAAAUUCUCCCCAAUUUGGGAAAACCCAAAUAUGUCUUCCAGAAGUCACUGGUAUUCGAGGGUCCUGUGAAGCUCAACCACCAGCUUGCUCAGUGAGUUCUCUACCUUCAUCCCCUCUGCUUUCAGCUUGGUAUUUCCACCACAUACUUAGGUAGGUAAGCAUUUUUAUCUAGUGCCCUUUCUUACCUUCCUAGCUUAAUAUGAUGCAUCUUUUCUCAGGACCAACUUAAAAAGUUCCCUAUUAAUAUAUCCAAGAGCCAGGCAUUGAGCAUCUGGCAUCAAUCAGUUUCAUAAAUGGAACAAUUUAUUGUUACUUGGUGUAGUAGAUGGGAGGAUGUGUAUCCAUUCCUACUGUUCAGAGCUUUGUUCAGUCUUCCCAUUUUAACAAUAAAUUGAAGGACAUCAAGUUACAAGGCAGGAGCGCUGGAGCUCAUAGCAGCCUAAAUAUGACAUGUGACUACACAGAAAGUCAGUAUUCAUUGUCUGCCAUGCUUUGGAUCAACAGGGUCAUUCUUCCAAAAGAUGCCGGAGCUUGUCCAGAGAGAGGAGAGGAGGAGGAGGGGUUUUUAGAACAGCCCUGAAGUUUCCAUCUCUCGCUUCACAUUUUCUGAAACUUAAAACAUCUCUCCUACUCCAACUUUCCUUUCUGUGAUGCCAGUUUGGGAAAUCAGAAAGUGGCACCUCAAAGCGAGACUCUGCUGUGGUGUUGGGAUUCAUUUCAUCUUGGCUUAGUUGUUGACUGUGUCUUCAGAGCUGAGGUUGAGCUUGAUGGGUGUUGUAGCUGUGAUGCAUGGUUUCUCCUAUGUUCUUGGAUUUGCUGCUCAAGAGACACCCCUCACUUGCCGCUGGCUAUCCCUACUUUUCCCACAGCCUGUGAGCUCAUGCAUGUGGCUCCCAGAGCCAGCAGUCAGGAUUCCUCUCACCUGUGAUCCCCAGGGCUGCAGUAUGUCUCCACUUUACAACAAGUUGUGUGUUAUCAGAACACAAAAACCAGAGAGAAAUAUAAAGACUGUUCCCUCUCUUGUUUGGGGAUCUGAGUGACACCAUUUUGAGAUGUCACUAUCUUCAUUCCCAGGGCACGUUAUUUACCUUAGGCUCUGCUGACCUUUCACGCGUUUUCAUUUCCUUUCACUUAAACUCUCAACAGUAUACUUUUUUUUUUAUUUAUAUGUGCAUACAAUGCUUGGGUCAUUUCUCCC